AAGCUCUCUGUGGAAGACAAACCACGUGACCACAUCUAGGACAGCUAAUACAAGGUUUAGUCAUAACCGUGGAAGUGAGAAACUCCGUUAUUUUUACAGAAAACUAAGGCACAAUUAUGGAAUAUUCAUUUGGAGGCCUUUUGUAACUUACAUUCCUUCUGUUUUCGUAGCUCGGCUGCGCGGUGUGGUCCGCUGACACAAAUCUACGGCGGUCAAACGCCUGUAGACCCGGAGCAGCUGACGUUUGUGUCCGCACCUUGCUUAGCAUCUUGUUCUUGUAUUCAACACCAGGAAGCGAGAUCUUGCCGUCUACAGGCUGUUACCUUACGCGAUGAAAGCACAAAAGAAUCGGAAAACACAAUGUUAAUUAUUAUAAUCUGACAGUGGACGACGUUAUUUAAGUGUUGCUGCACUAAAUUUCAAGAUUAACUUCACAAAGGCUGACUUCGUUUGUCGUUCAGACUGCUAGCCAGCUUGCUAUUUAGCCAUCUGGCAGGAUUGUCGCUCGCUAACAUUAGCACUAGGUUACCGUUAGCAAGUUGGUCUUUGCCUGGUGAUGGCUGUGGCACAGAGAAGCUGUUUUUGGGUUGGAUUUUUACUCCUAAUGCUACUAUGUGGGGGUAAAGCAAGGAAACACAAGCUCACAUUGAAGAAUGAAACUCGGUCUGUUGUUGAUCUCAACAACUUCGGUUUCUACGCUGAUGGGACUUUGGAUGUCAACCUGCAUUCUCUGCGAAUUCCAUCACAGAGGCGGAACUCCUCCACACCCCCGGUGGGUUUCAGCCUGUCCAGGUCCCGUGUUAAUGGAGUUUUGUCCUACACAGCAGAGGAGACGGAGACAUGCCCACUCAGUAGUCCAAAGUCAACCAAUGAUGAGCCUCUCAUUGUUUUUAUUUUCAAUUUUGAAGGCCUCAGUGUCAGUAUGAAAGCUACGGGUAAUCAAGACAACAUCCUGACAGCAAAGCUAAAGGCUAAAGCUACUACAGAUGAGAGAAAAGCCAGGGGGAUUCCUGAUGCUGAUGCCCAAAAUAAACCAAAAGACGAUGUGAACAAAAAGCCCGAUGACAUGAAGCCAGAUGAGCAGCCAAAACCUGACAGCAAGAAAGAAGAUCCUGCGGGUCAGAAUGAAGGAGAUAAGACUGAAGAAAAAAAACCAGACCCCGGAGUAGAAACUAAGGAAGUGGAGGGAAACGCAUUUGAUCUGGACAAGCAACCCGAGCAGACUUUAGCUUUGGACCAAGUUAACGGUACCUACAACUUUAGUUUCCACAUAAAGAUUGGUCCAAAGGACCAGGGUCUGUACAGCCUGAGGUUCCACUACUGUCAGAGCAAGUUUCCUGCAGUCAAACAGCCCUACUCGUUCACGGUGGACGUGCAAGAGAAGAAUCCAGGUGGCUACCUGUCUGCAGCAGAAAUUCCUCUGUCUCGCCUUUACAUUUGUAUGGCUGGAGUCUUCUUCACUGCUGCCAUGGUUUGGGUGUACACUCUCAUGAAGCACAGGUACAGCGUGUUUAAGAUCCAUUGGCUGAUGGCAGCACUGGCGUUCACCAAGUCCACAUCCCUGGUUUUCCACAGUAUCAACUAUCACUUCAUCAACACUGAGGGGCAUCCUAUUGAAGGCUGGGCUGUCAUGUAUUAUAUAACACAUCUGCUCAAAGGGGCUCUCCUGUUCAUCACACUGGCUCUAAUCGGCACUGGCUGGGCCUUCGUUAAAUACAUCUUGUCUGACAAGGAGAAGAAGAUCUUCAUGAUUGUCAUUCCUCUGCAGGUCCUCGCUAAUGUCGCCUACAUCAUCAUAGAGUCUACAGAGGAAGGCUCCAGUGAAUACUAUCUGUGGAAGGAGAUCCUCUUUCUGGUCGACCUCAUCUGCUGUGGAGCCAUCCUUUUCCCUGUUGUCUGGUCAAUCCGUCACCUACAAGAGGCAUCUAGCACCGACGGCAAAGGUGAGACUCUUGAUCAGUUACAAGAUGAUCAGCCACAAGAUUUUCUGAGUUGGAAAUUCAUUGGUCGGUGUGGUGUGUUUCUUUCAGCCGCCAUGAAUUUGGAGAAGCUUAAACUGUUCCGGCAUUAUUAUGUGAUGAUUGUGUGUUAUAUCUACUUCACGAGGAUCAUAGCCAUUCUGCUCAAGAUCACGAUGCCUUUCCAGUGGCAGUGGUGUUACGAGUUUCUGGUGGAGUUGUCUACUCUGAUCUUUUUUGUGCUGACGGGCUACAAGUUCCGACCAGCGUCCAAUAACCCCUACCUCCAGCUUCCCCAGGACGAGGAGGAUGUAGAGAUGGAUGAAGUAGUGACCGAGUCAGGAGCACUGGAGGGAAUUUCCAAAGUCAAGAAGACGUCUAACGGUCGCGAGCGCCAGAAAGAGUCCACCUUGUGAGCGGGACGCUGCAUCACUGAGGGAGAGCAGCUACACAUCCCCAGGCCAGCUGGUAUUCAGGGGUACACAUGGACCGAGGCUCCCCACUCAUAAUGACAGCUCUCCUUUUAAAACAAACUCCUCUUGUGGUUGCAGUGGCCGUGCCCACUGUCUGGCUAUGCAAAAAAAAAGAAAAAGAAAAACAACAAAAAGAAGACUAACUUGUUGGACGCUCUUCAUUUCCUUGGAACACUCCACCCAGAAACUCUGAGAGGUUCAGGAGGCUCCUGCCACAUGGACAGGUGGAGAUAAGGAAAGGAGCUCUGAUCUCUUGAUAGAUUUCAUUUCUCUCUUUCUCCAAAGAUUAUUAUCAUUUUAGAAAAAGACUUGAUUUUGGGUGUGUUUCUAUCGACUAUUUAAAGUGGUACUCCUGUGAGCCUCUUAGCUGUACCUUUUUGUGUGUGAUGUGAGUACACGUGUGUGAAUGUGAGACAACACAGAUUUGAACACAGCAGUUUUUUUUCCCCUUUGGAGACGAUAGCCCACACUCAGGUAAAAGGCUAAUCAGUAUAUUUAAAACCUAGGCAAACAGCUCAUUAUGUCUCUUCCCACUGUCCAGGCUUCAGUAACGUCCCAUCAGUCAUUACUAAACUUGAUCAUCACCACACUGUACGGUAUGUUACUUUUUUCUUACAUAUUUGAUUUGUAUAUUGAAAUAUAUUACGUAAGAGGUUGUAUAUUUCAAUAUAUUGGCUUACUGCAAAUUGAAAUGUUCUAUUUCAGUAUUCUUGUUUGUGUUGGAGAGGUAAGAGUUCCUCCCAGUCCGUCACUUGGACCGCUGCUGUAAUUUAGUGCUUUAGUGGUUGAGGACACCUUACAUCUCUGUGAAUCCGGCCCAUGUGGAGACAUGUGGACCUCUUGAUGAAUAAACAGCUUUUUGGAUCCAUGUCUAAAAUCCUCAGAGCAGUGGCCCAGCUUAUGUUCAGUAACGGCCUUGCUCUUUUUCGUCCUCCCCCCCGUAUUGGCAUUGCUGUGUCAGUCUGGGCAGAAAAGUGACCUAACCGAUUUUUGAAUUUGCCUGCUUUGGGUUUUACCUUUUUGCUCUUGAUGUGAAGCUUAUUUUUAUUAAUAAUUAUUGAUGACUUACUGGUUUGUAGAGGAUCAGAAACGUGUGCAGCCAGACAGUCGGGGUAGAUGGCCAUUUGUAAAUAUGACUGUUGAUGCAAGAGAAGGCACAUUACACUUUUCAAGAGAACCGCGCUGAGGCUUUGUAGAGCGUACCAGAUGGUGUCCACAGGUUCCACUUCAGUGAGAUUUUUUUGAUUCCGUUAGCUGACAAAUGUGAGGAAACGGGGAAGGACUACUGAGAUUCAGCCGCAGUCCCUCCUGCUCAGGGACGACCGAGCUCCAGUGUGUGCAGACGGCUGGGGCCAGGCUCUGGGUGUCCAGGAGGGAACAGUCGGUGUACCUUCACUUCAGUUGACUGAAGAAGGCUUUCUGCUUGUUACAGAGGGCUGUUUGGUGUCUGUAUGAACUGUCACAAUAAAGCUGGAAUUCUGGAAAGGUCUCA